AUGCCGUUAUGCAGGUUCAUAAUAAUCUAGCAUAAUUUUUGACUUUAUAUUUAUUAAAAGCAGAAAUAAUUUCGACAUGAAAAUUUCCUGGGACGCCUGAUCAAGGAUAUAUAUUUGGACAUGAGAACACAAGCACGUUCUUGAGAUUUUAUGAUUUUAAUAAAGUCAAUACGUUUUCUGAUAAAACCUUAACAGGCGAUACAUUGCCGCCAGAUGAUAUUAUAUCCAGUCACGCUGUUCAUUUUCAAGUUGAAUGUUCCUUGAGGUGUCUUCAAAAAUCAACAUGCUCGGGUUACAACUAUCGAACUAAAUCAAAUAAAUACGUUGUAAAUUGUCAACUCAGCAAUAAAGCUCCAGAAAGAAAAGUUGAAAGAAAUGGAGAGUGGACAUUUUAUCAAGAUCUUGAAACUGUGAGUAAAAAAAAAUUAUUAUAAUAUAUAGCUACAAUAUUUAUAGUACGGGAGAGCUGAUUGGUCAAGAAGCGUGUUUCUAUAUAACCGUCGAGCGUUACCAAAAUAUUUUCAAAACUAAUAUGUUUUUCACCUUUCAAAUUUUAAAAAUAAUUUUGGUAAGCUAAUGCAUGGCAGUGUCGCGUAGAGAAAGGUAAAUAUAUUUCAACCUUGCAUAUAAUAAUAGUAUAGGCAGCUGAGCACGCAUUUAGUAUUUAUAGUAGUCACUGCAUGGUGUUUAAAAAAGUAGACAAUUUUGAAACAGAUUUCACAAAUCCGUUCAUUUCAUGACAUUUUUGAUAAACAUAGAUUGCUUAGGUACUUAUAAUGCAGAAUAAACAAAACAUUUUCGUAAAGAAAAUUUUUCCAGAGUAGGCGGGGGGCGGAGGGUCUUUUCAGCAGCAUUAAAAAUAGCUUGCGCAAAAAAUGUUGAUCAAUUCAUUUCCUAACUUCGAGGAAUUCCUCUGAACAAUUCCUCAACAAUUUGAUAAGUUCCUUAAAAAGUUCCUAACUUCCUUUUUUAACCAAUCAGAUUGCUCAAAAAUAAAAUAUAAAAUCUGAUUGGUCAAUGAAACUGGAAGUUGGGAACUUUUUAAGGAACUUGUCAAAUUGUUGAGGAAUCGUUCAGAGGAAUUCCUCGGAAUGCAAAUUAGGUAAAUGCAUGCCAAAAAUGAAAGUUUCAGCAGCUAUUUAAAGGACUUAAAAUUGAGUAAAUUUUCUGAUUGGACCAUUUGGACCAUCGAUAAACUCAAAAUGCGUUUUAAACUUUUAAUUUAAAUUUCGCGCGCAAGCUAUUUUUAGUGCUGCUGAAAAAGACACCCCUGCUCUGGAAAAUUUAUCCUUGCUUACGAAACUUUUUUUGUUCAUUCUACAUUAUAAGUACCCAAACAAUCUAUAUUUAAAAAAAAUGUCAUGAAAUGAACGGAUUUGUGAAAUUUAGAGCCGUUUCAAAAUUGUCUACUUUUUUAUACACUUUCCCAAACCGAAACUCGAAAGGACUAAAUUCAUAUAGUAUAGCUGCAUUACAGCAUCGACAUAACAAUUCAACAAAUUGCUCUAUGAGUAAUUCAAAAUUUUUACCCUAGUGCAUCCCACAAGUUUUAAAAAAAUGACCGUAAGACUAUUAUAAUAGUAUGACUUAUCUAUAAUCUCUUCCUAGCUGACCCGUGAAAGUGAUGCAGAGCAAGUCGGGAAAGCAAAUGAAAACCAAGAUUGUACUCGUAAGUGAAAUACACAAUAAUAUAAUGUACAAAACAGGGCCGUAGACACCGGGGAGGGAGGGGGGGGCUACAGUCCCCUCCAAUAACUUGUCAACUAGCGAUAAUCUGUAAAGUUUGAGAGGGAAAUAAUGACCUAAUAAUCGCCCCUGACUAAUAAGCCCCCCAAUACAAAAUUGCUUCGUACGGUAGUGUAAAAUGAUAUGUACUAGCAGCCGAUCUUUAUCUGAUAUAUAAACUCGAGCCGAAUUAACGUGCUUAAUUAAAAAAACGACCCAUCUUACGAGUUCAUUGGCGAAGUAAUUUUAAAAAUAAACAUUGUCAAAGUCGAGAAAAUCAAAGCUGAAGUUUAUGUAAAUGAGGACAAAUCUUUAUCUGAUUUACAAACAUUGAUUAAACAUUCAUUUCUUUUGUAUUUUCCUAAUUAAUGAGUUUUUAAAAUAUAUAUAUUAAAUGACAUUUGACCUGCUGACUACGCAAUGACAAUGUUCAGGCACAAAUUACCUCGGUAUAACCUUUUUCAAAUGACAGGAAUGUGCUUAUCCACAGACCUGCACUGGCUGCACGAAAUGUAUAUUCAACAAUUAUUGAAUGAUGUUGAGAAUAAUAUGAAGAAUUGUUUUUUAUUAUUAUUUAAAAAGAUAAAAACCCAUCGGUAUCUGUGGGUUCAGUUCGUCGAAAUAAUGACCAAUUUUUCUUUUUCCUAUUUUGCAGAAAGUCUUUUCCUUUUUCUUUCAUAAGUACGUUAAUUAAGAUGCCCGCUUUCGUUGAUAUUUCUUCAUUAUAUUUUAAAAUGCACUUCCAUUAAACUAAAGGUGGCACCAUAUUGUUUUGGUCGUGUUGCAACAUUUCGCAUUCGUAUUUCCAGAGCAUAUGAGGUCAUAAUGCCGAUAUGAAAAAUUCAUGAUCAGCUAUUGAGUUGAUACGAGGUUUUCACAGUUCGCAGUUGACCAAUGUGAAACCAUGAAAUCUUCUAAAUAAAUAAGAAUACCUAUUACCUGGCAAUCCGACCAGUGAUCAGAACACUGUACAGCUCAGUGAUCAGAACAUUGUACCCUAUCAAAUUGCCCAAAAUUGGAUUUCUAGUAUAUAGGGCCUUCAGGUCUAAAAAUGUUUGUAUUAAGGUGAUUCAUCAGUUUUGCUUCUCAGGUCUAAAAAUAUGUGUAUUAAGGUGAUUCAUCAGUUUUGCUUUGCGUACCUUUACUAUGCAUACUGUAUCUAACAACAUGUUAUAGCUAAUAGCCUAUAUGUAGUCAAACUGCAAUAUAACUGAUAAAAAAGAGUAAGGACAAAGAGAAAAACACGCUGCAUUGAUCAGGCAUGCUUCAGGAAAUAUACCGUCAAAAACGCGGACAGAACUCUUGCCAACCUCGCAAGCCAGUUCUCUACCUGCGCUCCCCUCCCAAACAUGCUCCAUGUGUGUAACUAACACGCUUCUGUGUAACUAACACUAAACUACACCAUGUUGCAUGUUUAACCCUUGUAUCUCUUCAAGAAGGUCAUGACCCUACUUUAUUUUAUAUUUUUGUUCGUCUAUACGUCUUACCAGAAAAUAAGAGAAAAUUCAUUUCUACAACGUUUCGCAUAUGCUUUCAUUUUCAUAAAUCUGCUGAGUGCUGGACAUUUGGCCUUGUGUUUUGUUUUCAUUUACAGACGCCUCUCAACUAAAAAUCAGAUUAAAUGGUUCAAGUAACAAUUGGAGUGGAAGAGUUGAAAUCUGUCAUCCAAACUUUGGCUGGGGUACGGUCUGUGAUGAUACAUGGCACAUUGCAAACGGUAACGUAACAUGCCGUCAACUGGGUUUCACUGGAGCGAAAAAGGUAGAGAGCUCUGCUCACUAUGGCGAAGGAAGUGGUCCCAUAUUGCUGGAUGAUGUUAAUUGCUCUGGUAAGGAGUCCCAUAUUUGGGAUUGCCCUCACCUUGAAUGGAAUAAACAUAAUUGUUACCAUUAUGAAGAUGCAGGUGUGGAAUGUUACUAA